AGUAAAAGCAAUGACGGACCAAGAAUAUGCUGUAUGGAGUCUGACAGAGGAAGGAAAAACUUUUCUGGCUAAGUAUAUCACUAGUACGGAUGCGGAUAUGAUGGAGCAUGUUUUGGGUGCUAUUAGUAAUUCUUCACAUACCAACCCUUCAUCUGAUGCUCAAAUCGAUUUGACCUCUAAUUUAGGGAUUGAAGAUACUGAGCAGAGGAAAACUAAAAGAAGUCGAGAAGAUGGUUCAAUUGAGAAUCAUAAUCCACAUACACUUAAUUCAACCACUACCCAUAAUAAUCCUAUCUAUCAAGCAGAGGAAAACAAAGAGUAUGGUGAAAUCCCUACAGAGCAUAUGAUGGAGUACCAAAGCAGUAAUGGAGAGGAUAAUCGCGCAAGAGCAAUUCAUAGCUCAGCAACUGAUCUCUCUGGGACAAACACACAGAUUCACUAUGGGAAUCCUGCAAUUAUUCACCAGAUGACUGCCUUAUCUUUGCAAAGGCUAAUAUACAAGGUGCUAGGCAGGAUAAAAUCAUUAAGAACUUCAGUAAGUAUAGUGGUCAAUCCAUAAAUUAUGAGAAAUCAGGUAUGGCUUUUUCUCCUAAGAUGGAUAGUCAAGUUAAGAAUCAUAUUGCUAGUAUCCUGAAUAUUAAAACUCCAGAUCUAAAGGAAAAAUAUUUAGGAGUUCCAAUUCUCAUUCAACGCAAUAAAAUGGAAACUUUUAGUCAUCUCCCAGAUAGAUUUCUGGAUAGACUUGCUAGUUGGAAGGGUAAGAACAUGAAUCAGCCUACUAGGACUGUAAUGGUUCAGUCUGUAUUAGGUACUUUAACUUCUCAUCAUUUAGUUGUUUUUCCAAUGCCAAAAAAAACUUACAGACAAAAUGAGAUGGAAUUCAGAGGAACUGUUGGUGGAACAAAAAUCAUGGUGCUAAAGGUUUGUUUGUUAAGAAAUGAGAGUCUGUAGUUAAGUCCAAAGCCUUAGGAGGUCUUAAUAUUAAAAAAACAGCUCAGUUAAAUAGUGCUCUCCUUGCAAAACUUGCUUGGAGGAUGCUCACUGAGACUGAUGCUGAAUGGGUAAAAAUUUUGAGUUCCAAAUAUUUCCUAAACAACAAUCCUCUCCAUGCUUUUACUGAAGAUGAGAGUUGGAUAUGGAAAGGAAUUUGUAGAUUCCUUGAUAUCAUAAAGAAGCAUUAUUGUUGGAAGGUUGGGAAUGGAAAAAAGAUAUCUAUUUGGAAGGAUAUCUGGGUUCCAACCAUAGCUGCUCCUCUUUCUUCUAGAUUUAGGUCCAGCAAUAUGGUUGCUGUUGAUCAACUUAUGAUACCUAAUAGUACAAAGUGGAACGUUGAAAUCUUGCAUGCUCUGUUUGAUAGUAGUACUGUUACAGAAAUUUGUAAGAUUAGAAUUCCUCCAAGUGGUGAGGAUAGAUUGAUCUGAAAACCUACUGAAAAUGGUUUAUUUAUUUUUAAGAGUGCUUACAUAGUUAUUGAUGUCACAGGUAAUACUCACUCCCCAACUGAUGGUCCCAGUAAUUUUCCAUGGAAGUUGUUCUGGAAACUGAAUAUCUCCCAAAAAAUUUUGCAUUUUCUUUGAAAAUGUGUCCAUAGUUGUUUACCAUUUAGGGAAAGAUUAGCAAGGCACAUGCAUAAUAUUGACACCACUUGUCCUUUAUGUAACAGGGAAACUGAAACCUUAAAUCACUUAUUUCUGGAGUGCCAUGUGACCAAAGAAAUUUGGGAUCCUAUGGAUGUUACAAAUAGGAACAUCAAAUUAGGUCAAAACAUGUUGGACUGGGUUACUAGUUGGUUCAGUAACGGUAGUGGUAAUAAUGCAAAUUUGUGUCACUCUAAGUUGGUCUGUAUAACUAAUGUGUUUGGCAUGUUUGGAAAAUGAGAUGUGCAGGUUUUUUUGACAACUACCAGGUGCUGGUCAAUGCUACAGUACAACAGAUCAAGAAAUCCAUCUUGGAUUGGAAUGAAUAUGUAGCAAAAAUAACUGCUAAUCACAGUCAGGUUUCUUCAAAGGGGCCUGGUGUAUCCCAGCAGUAGCAGAAGAUGCAAAACAGGAUGAAGCAUUGGCAGUUUUCGAGGCAGUACAAAUAGCAAUACGAAGUGGCAUAACUAAUAUUCAUCUGGAAGGAGACCGUACCAAUGUUAUCAAUGCACUAAAAGGAUAAAUUGGAGUUGUUAAGUGGACAAAUAAUGCAAUCAUUAGGGAUUGUCUUGAAUUACUAAAACAUUUUAAUAAUUGGAUGAUUACAUAUGUACCCAAAGACAUAAAUUGUGCGCCUGACUUGCUACCAAUAGAUGCAGCUUCAGUGGCAUCUAGUUUUUCUUGGAUUAAUGAAGCCUCCCAGUGGCUAAGUUCUCUUAUUAUUGAGAAACUCCAUGUAUCAGAAAUUUAA